AUGAAAUCUGACGAGAUUCCUCGUCCCGAGGUCAUUGAGGCGAAUGAAAAGGUUUCUGACCAGGAUGCCACCUCCAUCGGCAACAACCUCAAGACCCGCGGCGGCGUCGUCCUCAUGCCCCAGCCCUCGGACGACCCGGCCGACCCGCUGAACUGGUCCUGGUUCGAGAAGCACGCCGCCAUGUUUACCAUUUCCUACUUGGCCCUGAUCUGCUACAUGUCCGUCACCACGCUCGUGGCGGGCACGGUCAACGUCGCCGAGGGCCUGGGCGUGCCGAAAGCCACGGCCGUCUACCUGGGCAACACGCCCGUGGCGCUGUACGGCGUGGCGCCCUUUCUGUGGAGUCCGCUGAGCCACUUCAUCGGCCGCCGCCCGGUCCUGCUGCUGAGCAACAUCAUGGCCAUGGUGGGCGCGGGCAUCGUGACGAGCGCCAAGAACUACGGCACGGCGAUGGCAGGCCGCGUGAUUCUGGGUGCCGGCGGCUCGGCCUUUUGGACGCUCGGCCCUGCAUGCAUUGGCGACAUUUUCUUCCGCCAUGAAAAGGGCAAAAAGAUUGGCAUCUCGACGCUCGCGAUUGUCGUCUCGCCGUUCCUCGGCACGCUUGUCGGCGGCGCCAUUAUCGAGAACCCGCACCUGGGCUGGCCCGCCUCGCAGUGGAUCCCGCUCAUCUUCAUGGGCAUCGGCCUGGUGAUGCAAAUCUUCUUCUUGCCCGAGACAAUAUACGUGCGCGAGGUGCAGGGCCAGCGCGCCGGUCUCGCGAGCAAGGCCAAGGCCACGUUCUGGGACCGCUACGGCGUCCGCAUUCCGCAGCGGACGAACGACAAGAAGCACUCCUUCUUCUUCAUCUUCUCGCGGCCGUUUGUCCUGCUGCGGUUCCCGGCCAUCACCCUCGGCACCUUUUGGUUCGGCGUCGCCUACAUGAUGCAUGUCGGCAUCACGGCCGAGAUUCCGCUCAUUUUCGAGGCCAAGUUCCACUUCACCGUGCUCGACGUCGGCCUGUCGGGCCUGUCCGGCCUGAUUGGCGCCCUCAUCGGCGAGGCCUAUGCCGGCCCGUCGAUCGACUACCUGGCCCGCCGAUCCCUCAAGCAGGGCAAGGAGUGGCGCCCCGAGUACCGCCUCAAGGUCAUCUGGCCGGCCCUCGUGGCCAUCCCCGGCGGCCUCGUCAUGUUUGGCACGGCCAUUGAGUUUGGCAACUCGUGGGUCACGCCGCUCGUGGGCCAGCUGAUUUACAUUUUCGGCAUCGAGAUUGCCACGACCAUCAUCCAGACGUACAUUCUGGAGUCGUACCCGCGCCAGGGCGCCGAGGCCAACCUCAUUUUUAACCUGGUCCGCAACAUUUUUUCGUACAUUUCGCCCUUUUUCCUGACGCCGUUCAUCGCCAAGGUCGGCUAUGCCGCGCCCUUUGGCCUGUUUGCGGCGCUGACCGUCGUUUUUUUUCCGUUUACCAUUCUGGUGCUGAUGCUGCGCGGCAAACAGCUGCGCGAGAAGGCCGGCGACCCGGGCUGGAGCAGAGACUAG